AAAGGUGGUCAAGGAAAGUUCGGUUUGUAAUUUCUGAGGACGACUUUAUAAAAUUAUUAUAUUCAUAUCCCGAAAAUUAUUUUAAAAUGAGAGAAGAGGUCACAGCCAAAAGAAUUUCCAUAAUUGGUGGUGGAUUGGCUGGUGCAUUAAAUGCAGUUUAUCUGGGAUCAAAAGGAUAUGUUGUUGAUGUGUAUGAGUCAAAAUCAGACAUCAGAACAUCCAUUAAGUAUGGAGGACGAAGUAUCAACCUAGCCUUGUCUGCCAGAGGUCUUGCUGCUUUGGAAAAAGUUGGCCUUUCCAAAAUGAUAAAGGAUGUUGGCAUUCCAAUGCCUGGACGAAUUGUUCAUCAUAUCAAUGGUAAAACUUCAUACAUGGCAUACGGAAAGAAAGGAGAGUAUCUUCUCUCAAUAUCUAGAAGUAAUUUAAACAAAGAACUGUUGACAGCUGCGGAGAAACUACCAAAUGUUACAAUACAUUGUGAACAUAAAUUAAUUGAUCUUGAUGUUGAUAAUUCAAAACUGACUUUCAAUGUAAAUGAUUUGUCAGAGAAACAAGUUUAUGCAGACGUAAUUUUUGGAAACGACGGAGCGAAUUCGAUUGUCCGAAAGCAAUUAAUGAAACGAAUGAGAAUAAACUACACACAAGAAUUUAUCGAUCAUGGCUACAAGGAAAUUUCCAUGCCACCAAAAAACGACAAUUAUGCAAUGGAUCCCAAUGGUCUCCAUAUUUGGGCAAGACAAACCUUCAUGAUGAUUGCAUUGCCUAACAAGGACAAGUCCUUUACUUGUACUCUUUUUUUGCCUUUUAAAAGUUUUGACGAAAUUAAAACAAAGGAAGAUAUUCUUGCAUUCUUUCAAAAAGAAUUUCCUGAUUCUAUUCCAUUGUAUGGCGAGGAACAUUUGAUCAAUGAGUACUUCUCCAAUCCUGUCGGCAGUAUGAUCUCAAUUAAGUGUGAUCCUUAUCAUUUCGAAGACAAAGUAAUUUUCUUUGGUGAUGCUGCACAUGCUAUGGUGCCAUUCUUUGGACAAGGAAUGAAUUCUGCACUAGAAGAUGUCCGUGUUUUUCACGGUUUGCUGGAUGAAGUUCACGAUAAUUUUGGUUUGGCCAUGAAGGAAUUUACGGAGAAACGAAAUAAAGAUGCAAAAGCCAUUUGUGAUUUAUCUAUGCAAAACUACAUCGAGAUGCGAUCUCAUGUCACUUUCAAAACCUUUAUCAUAAAGAAACGUGUAGAUAAUUGUCUUCAUUGGUUAAUGCCAAACACCUUUAUUCCCAAGUAUUCAAUGGUCUCAUUCACGCUCAUUCCUUAUCACGAAGUAGUUGAAAGAGCUCUUUGGCAGGAUAAGAUAAUUUUCGGAGUAACAAAAUUGGUUGGUUUGUUUUCCCUUGCUUUUGGCGUCCUUCUCGCUAGAAAGAUACAUGUUCGGUUGUCGUAAGUCAUCUUAAAUAUAAAGAAAUACCAGCUAGCAACAAGAUCUAUUAUACUUUGAUGUAUCCUCUUAAUACAACAAGUCAAAGAUUGUUGUGAUGGUAAUCUUGUUAAUAUAUUUAAAAUGUUUUGAAAUGCCUUCACUUUCAUGACUCUUCUCAAUUUUGAGAAGGAAAAAUAGUCUGUAUUGGAUUGAGACUGUGGGUAAAGAACACUGUAUCAAGCUUUUUAGAUCGAACUAGAGUCCUGCUGAGAUACUUUUAGAUUAAUUUCAAAUUAAACAAAAGCGUUUUUUCUUGACAAAAGUGUAAAACUGUAUGGAUUUAAGAUCCAAUCGUUUGCUCUAAAUAAACUAUUCUCUUUGAAGAA